AUGCCAAUCCGCCCUUCUGCCUCUCUCGGUCCUUUUACUGCCAAUCAAAUCCUUGCCAAGGUAAACAAGUUAGUGUUGAUUUUCGUUCCAGUUUUUGGUAUUGCUUACUUGUUCAAUCACGCUAAAGAUACAUCUGCUUCACCAUUGUUGGCUGAUACUAGUGCUACUCCAGUUGAUAUGAAGGCAGUUUUCUCUCAAUGGAAUUCUGUUAGAGAAACCUUGUCGCCAUUCUGGUUGGAUACUCCUCUUAGAAAGAAGUUGAGUUUCGAUCAAGUUACUGAAGUAGACUAUUUGAAGGAAAUGGAAUGGAAGAUUGUCGAUGGAAAGGUUGUUUUCAAAAAGUAA